AUGAUACCUGCACCAGAAAGCACCCUCAUACGGGCCGUCAAACGAUCAGACAAGAGGCUUCUUGAGGUAAUCUUGCCAAGGAAUACUCAGUUUGGCAGCAGAGACACCGCUGGAAAAACGGCGUUGAUGAUUGCGGCAGAGAUGAAUAAUCGUUACUUUUGUCAACUCUUAAUAGAUAGGGAGCAUUACUUUCUUACUAGCGAUGGAAAAAAUGCACUGAUUUUGGCCGCGGAGGCGGGGGCAAAUUACGUUAUCCCUGUUUUAGCGCGACGCUGCUCGUACAUACAGGAUUCGUCUGGGCUGUGCGCGCUUUCGCACGCAGCACAAGCAGGAGAUCUUUCAAUGUGCAAGCUCCUCGCUGAACACUGUCACCUGAGAGACGUUGACUACGAGAGAGCUUUGAAGUUUUUGAGAAAGGAGUGCAGGAGGCCCGAAGAGAAACGCCAGAUUGAAGAGUUCUUGAUUCAAGGGUCUACAAAUAAUACAAAGAAAGAAAGCAACCUUGAUUCAGUCGCGCCUUCUAGCAUAGGACUAAGAUCCAUUUCCUCUGGCGGUAAAGCUUCCAACCACAUAUCCUAUAAUUCAGUGCCGCCUACGAUCAUUCUACAGAGGUUAAAGGAUUCACGUGAUAUUAGCAAAGCAGAGUCGGACAUAGGGCCAUUGUUUAACAAGGGCAUUACCAGGGCAUCAUCGAUAGGCGCCGUCUCUGGUUCACGAUUAUCAGUUGACUCAUCUAAGACCCUAGACCAAGUAAUGGAGAAAAUUGAAAUUGAGAGGCUGCAGACUGAGAAUGCUAGAUUGAAAAAUGCAAUCUCCUCCUUAACAAUGGAAAAGAAGAAAGAAAAAGAGUCCCUGGAGAAUCAGCUGAAGGAGUAUUCGCAAAAACUGCACGAUGCAGAGUCUGUGGCCAUCGCAGCCCGGUCAGCCUCAGCUUCGGAUAUUCCUCCUAAUCCAAGGAAUCUAGAGGGUUUAGAGAAGGAGCUAGAGGAGCACAAACAUACCAUACAAAAGAAAGACCAAGAAAUAGCAAUCCUUCGGCGACUAGUGGAGACAAACUGGUUUAUGAAGGACCUAGAUGAGAAGCUUUUGCGGCUUACCUCCAGAUCUAAUGAGGCAGAUGAGAAGGCAAACACAGGCCCCCCAAAGACGUUACAGAGUAACAGGUCUUCGUGUAUAUCCAUGGCUACUUCGGACAGGAGCAAGAUUUCUGUCACCCCCAGUGUAGGUCAAAUAGAUAGCUCCAUUAGGAUGAGCGAUCUAAAAGAUUUAGCUGCUCCCGAAACCAUUGUUGAUCCUUCCCAUACUGACAGCCACUCUAGUCAGCGACCAGGGUCACAGCUUACUCAAUCCUGCUUUAUACCACUUCUCAAUGAAUAUAAAGCUCAAAUAAAAUAUACUACAGAGCUUCUGGCCUAUUAUCAGAAUAUUUUUAAGCAACAACUAAGCCUAGGUGUUGAAAGCCUAGGUAUUGAAGACCUAGGUAUUACAAGCUCGUCGUCACCAAACGACAAUGAUCGUAUUAUCACUAAUCUAAGAAGCCUUUUGUCUUUGCGCACUGCUGGAAUGGACCGUGCUAUAAGUCUGGUGCAAGAAAAGGACUUAGCUUUUCAGUCGUUGCUGAGCGAACACGCAGAUACUGUGCGUCGAAACAUAAAGCUUCAAGCGGCUUUGUGGAAACACAAGCGAACCUUACUACACAUAGAUAUUAAGGAUUUGCUGGAAAAGUAUAACGUUUCCAACGGAGAACUGGAGGUAUCGCGGUUUAAAGCCUUAAUUGAGGAGAUGCACAGCGAAAUCAGGAUGCUAUCAGCUUCAUUGCUCAGUGAAAAGAAAGAGCUAAAAGCAUUUGAAGAGGCUGGUAAUAGAUACCUGCAACUCUAUUAUGAUGAGCAACAAAAGAACAUUAAAUUAGAAAACGACAUACUCGUUCUCAGACGGGAUGCACACAUAGCCCAGACAGAGGUAGAGAGGCUAUCCUCCCAACACCCCAACCAUAACGCUGACACCAUCAAUAGUAUAGACCCCCAAGGGUUAGUCUGCCAAAAUAAAGAGCGGCAGUCUCCAAAUCCUGUUGCAAAUGAUCAAAGUAACGGCCGUCCAGGAGAUCUUCCCUCUGGGCUAGAAGGAAUCACUGAGAUGUCCAUGGGAGACGUCUGUGAAGGCUGCAUUGAGUUAAAUAAGGAGCUUUCGCAACUAAAAGCAGAGCUAAAAAGAAUAAAGAAUAUUAACGAGGGGCUUACACAUAAGAAUGAGUUACUUGUUAAAGACCUAGAGACUAUCGUGCACGAGCUGGAUCCAGUACUCAAUGUGAAGCGGAUAUACGCCAAAGGAAAGCUGUCCGCAUCCGGGCCCUCAGAAGAUACGCCCCAAGAGAUAGAGGCCAUAAAGAAAAAGAUCAAAUCAUUAACUUUGGAGAACCCCCCACUAUCAGUCCGUAUGGAGCAGCCCAUAACUAGUAAGCUUUUACGCGAGCCAACUGAUGGAGAUACAGCUCACGCCAAGCGACACGUUACCGAUAUGUGGACGCAGACAUUUAACCUCUCUGUUCCCCUUGAAGAUGAGCUAUCUUACAAUGUGCCACUAAUCUCUCCCACUUAUAAACUCCUCCCAAAUAUAACACAGUCAGAAUCCACCCCUAUGCUCGGUGAUAUUGACCAUUUAAUAUCUUCCACAUCUCCGCCUCCACAGAAUACAACUAUCCUCUAUCUAAAUACUACCAACACAGAGCAACCCACGCAGUGUGUAGAUGCAACAAUUUUACACAACCCGCUGCAGUCCUCGUCCGUUUUUCAUGGAGCGUCUGCAGAAGCUCUGAAGGAUCUGGACACAUGCUCAGAGGAGAGACUUGAUGAAAAAUUAGGCCUCUCCAAGAAGCCUAAGAGCCCAUCUAGCGCGCUUACACAAAAGCUUUCUAAUCUGCUCAAGGAGGCGAUUGACGUUCCACCCCCGCCACUGCCUUCUGGCCAGCACUCCACGCGAGCACGAUCCAGAAGAAUCAUCAACUCAAAGGACAGUAAAGAUAACAAAGGGAACAAGCAACAGAAGGCAAGAGAUGGACAAGAAGAUAAACAUGAUGCUCUGCAGCUUACACCCCUGAUGGUUGCUGUCCAACAAAAAGACCUUGCCGGUAUCUCGAGUAAUCUCCAGUACGGAAAGGUGGCAACCUCGACCGGCAUGACAGCACUCAUGUUUGCAGUCGAGAGGAAUUUUCUAGAGGCAGUAAAGGUUCUUGCACCGUUGGAAUCGGGCAUAUAUGCGCCAAACAAUGAGACUGCGCUCACCAUGGCUCUGCGGGCAGGGCGUAUUGAGGCAGCAGAGAUUCUGACACCAUACGAAGGUGUAAAACUUUCUAGGGUCAAUCUGGCAAAUGACCGCUUCACCGAACUCAUGAAGGCGGCCAAGAACAACAAUAUCAGCAUGGUGUGGGCACUCCUAGGCUACCAGAAGCGGCUACAAGACGACGGCAAGCGGACCGCCUUAAUGUAUGCUGCAGACGCGGGAAACUUCGACAUAUGCCGCAUUUUAGCCGCCUUUGAAGCUGGAAUGAGUACGGUAACGGGGGACACAGCCCUUAUGAUAGCCGUCAUCAACCAGCACAUUGAUAUUGCACAACUUCUACUCCCACUGGAGACCGGCCAUCACGGAAACAGGCUUACAAACGUGGGGAAAGGGUAUACCGCACUCCACCUGUCUGUAUACUAUGGCCACUAUGACCUGGUGAAGCUUUUGUAUCCCAAAGAGCAUCACAUCCUCGACGCUGACGGCCGGUCAUACUUGCACUAUGCAAAAAACUGCAGCUCUCGCGUAAGCCGUGAGACAAAAGACGCCAUUUCUGCAUACUUUCUCACUGAAUCUUCCAAAGUCUCAGGCACCUCAUAG